AUGAGGUGCCACCGGGCACACUUGAGGACGCCGACCAUACUGCUUCUCUGCAGGCGCAUCACCGACGAGAGCAUGCCCGUCCUGAAAUCCCGGUGGUUCAUCAUUGACCGGCUGCCGCCGUGCAUGCCUCCCCUGGCAGACGGCAGCGGGGGUUUCCUGAGGAUGUCAAACUUCAUCGGCCGGGAGACCCUGCAGCGGCUUCACUUCAUCGACCUCCGCAUCGGACUGGGCGAGGGGCCCAUGGGCAGCGGUUGGGUUUGGAGCCGGGUGCUUGACGAGCUUCUCGUCAUCCUCAGUGAGCGGAACGCGUUCGUCCACUUCCGCUUGCUGAUCCGGAGAUGUAACCAGGAUGACAGCCCCAUGAUCUGGACUACUGAAAUAAGGGAGGACCUCCAAAUCAGGAAGAAAAUCAUCUGCUUCCAGAUGUCCAACCCGAAUAUCUUCAGACCGGGCAAGAUCACUGUAGAUACUUGGCGCGUCGACGGCCACCAAGCCACUUUGCUCACCUGUGAUCAGGGGUCAGAGGCCGACGAGAGUGCGUGGCCGCCGCGUAGGACUUAUCCCGACCGCGAGCUGUUCCCGGGCUCCAUAAUGCAGUUCGUGGGCGCUUUGCCCGAGGCAGAAUGGAGUGGUGAUGAGACAGAAAGACGCCUCGAAGGAGACGAGAAUUCAAUUUCGCCUUGA